CCUUGUGACUCAAAGAUACUGUCAAAAAAGUGGUACCAACCAGUUUGUUUUUUUUUUUACUGUGACUCGUGGCUCAUAAUGGCACUCUCAGUUAUGUCAUGGUUAUACCCAGGUAUAUUCAUAAUGAUAAAUGAUUGUCAGUGUGUUGAUAAUGGUAAAACAAAGUGUAGUUAUCUUUCAUCAUAUUUUCUCAGAACCUAUGAUAAGUGUCAAUAAUUACUAGAGUAGAUUAUACAUCUCUUUAUAAAGUGAUUUUUAUUUUUUUUAAUAGCUUUCAUAGUGACGGUGGUAGCAGGUGUAUUCAUAAAUGAUUAUCAAUGUGUUAAUAAUGGCAGUAAGAAGUGUCAGUACAUAAUAAUAAUAGGUCGAUUAAUAUACAGUUAUUGUAUUUUCUCUAAACCUACAGUAGUGUCAAUUAGAUUUAGGUUAAAUAUUCCUUUAGAAAGUGAUUUUAUGUCUAUUUUUAUAAUGGCUUUCACAGUGGGGAAAACAUCAUUGGUGUUGAUACUGAUAAUUAUUAUAUACAGUAUUAAUAAAAUUUACCGGUAUACAGAAAUUAUAAUUUUAGUUUUGAUAUGAGUAUUGCUAUAGUUCUGUUUGGAACUUCAAUUACAAAAAAAAAAGAUCUAUUUUCCAUUUAAAAUGUCGAUUAGCGCAUUCUGCAGAACAUUAUCUAGUUUUCCUUUUCUAAAAAGGUCAGAGGUUCAACAUUCUCCAAGCUUUUACAAGUCUUUUAACCCAAUUAGAUUCUUACAAUCCAUCAGUUAAUGGUAGCUGCACAGUCAUCACUUGUCUGAGCCACAUUUCAGAGAGCUCUAUUCUGAUUGGUCAAAUCUAUGAGGAUUUCUUGGAAGAUACCACCCACUGAUUAGUCUGCUGCAGUCUUGAUCAGUUCAGUGUGUGAAGUUGAGAAAGCAUUUUAUUCUGGUAGGAAAUUGUAUGAUAGUUAACACAUGGUUAACAUGUAUAGGAGAAUAUUCAAAAAGGACAGCUCAUGAGGACCAACAGCGACUGUAGGACAUCAUCUUUUUUUUUGUGCAAACUGUCAGUUUCACCAAGCUGUGUGACUUUAAUUUAACUACAGGAAGUGAUCAUGGAAAGCCUAAAAAAUGUUGUCUCCUGUGUGUUAUUGAUUGCUACUUUUUCUGUCCGAAGUGUGAAUGGCGACAUAAAAGAAACUAACAUUUACAAUUUAACUAUUGCACCUAAAGAUCCUUAUGUUGAAAACGGCACAAGUCUUAAAAUGUAUUGUCAUGUUGACUCGCAACACACAAGAACUGCAAAUGAUCUGAUAUGGUAUGUUGUAAACGGGGCCACUGAGGAUUUUCUACCAAACACUUCGUUCAGAGCAAACAACAGUGUCUCUGAACUUCACUUGAUACCGCCGCUUGGUGAUACAACCUACCGUUGUGCAUUUUCAGAUGAUCAUUCAAACUACGAGGCAUCUGUUGUUCAUACAGGAUAUAGAACACAGAAAGCGAAGAAUUUUGCAUGCCACAGUAGAAAUAUAUUAUCAUUCUGGUGCGAUUGGGAACUAGUCACAGAUCUCCAUAUGUCAAUCGCUCACUCAUCUUUCCGUUAUAGAGGAAAUAUACCAAGGGGUUGGCAAGAAUGUAAAGAGCUGAGAAGCAAUGCUGAUGGGACUAAAAACACCUGUACUGUAUCCCCAGCCACUGAUCCUCUAUACAACAAAUUUCUUAAUACUGUAGAAGUUACAACAUCCAAUGUGUUUGGAAAUACAACUACAACGCUGGAUUUCUAUCCAUACUUUGAAGUAAUACCUUACGCACCUCAUAAUUUAAAUGGAGAAGCAUUAGAUGGAUUUCGAUUGAACAUUACAUGGGAACUGCCUCUAACAUGGCCUCCUCCAUACAUUCUGAAUUGUCAAGUUGGCUAUAGAAAGAAAAAGGAAGGAGAACGAAACAGAGCUAAAUUAAAUAAAACUAUGAUUGAUGACUGUGCAUUAGAUAUGCAAGUAGUGGUUGGGAACCUAGAUCCAUCCACAACAUAUGAAGUCCGCAUUCGAGCAAGAUCUGAAUUUUCAGUAGAGUCGGAAUGGAGUGAGUGGUCAGAUGACAUUGAGUUGUUUACUCCUGAAGAAGUUCCAAGCGGUUCGGUAUCUAACCUUCGGAAGUUGACACAGAAAAAUAUUGAUACAGAGAAUCCAUCUCUUAGGAAGGUCUACCUGGUUUGGGAUGAAGUGCCAAAGGAUCAGUGCAAUGGCGUCAUUCUUGGGUAUAAUAUAUAUGUUUCAAAAGAUGAUAGGUUACCAGAUAGUCCAACGUAUAGUGUGCCGGCCAGUAAACAGAUCGUAGAAAUCACAGUUGAUCUAUUUGAUACGUUCAGGGUUUACGUAGUGGCUUUUAAUAGUGCUGGAGAAGGAAAGCCAUCGCUGCCUGUAGACAUCUACGACAUGACUCGCAUUCCUGGAAAACCAGUUAAUGUUAUAACUACCGCAUUAUCUGCAAGCUCAGUUAUUGUGGAAUGGUCUAAACCAGUUGAGAUCCAUGGCAGGAUUCUUUUUUACAUGAUAGACUGGAAGAAAACAAGUCAAGAUCAAGAAUGGAGUACAGAGGAGGUAGAAGGCAGUAAGCAUAGCUUUGUUAUUAGUGGUUUGGAUCCUUAUACCCAUUAUGAGUUCAGAGUUCAAGCCAACAACUCUGCUGGUCUAGGAGCAUGGUCUGAUAGUUCACAGGUCCUGACACACGAAUCAGCUCCAACUUCAUUUCCCCGAGAUAUAACACUGACGACUGUACCUAAGAGAUCAACAGAGCUACUGCUAACAUGGAUACCGCUGGCCAGAAGUGAUAGUCGAGGGAAAAUAUUAGUUUAUAAUAUAUACUAUUGUGAGAAAUAUUUAUCUACAAGCAAUGAAUUUAAUGCAUCAGCUGAACUUCAGUGUGAUGAUCCCGAUACCGUAAACUUUACGGAUGUAGAUGAAAAAGAAACUGGUGAAUCAUUCUACCGAUAUAUGCUAACAGAUUUAAACAUAUUCUCUGAGUACCUACUUUGGAUGUCAGCUAGCAACAGUGCUGGUGAAGGGAUUAUAAGCCACAGAGUGUCAGCCAGGACUGAUGAAGGGGCUCCAGAUAAACCAGAUCCCCCAGUGAAAGAUAAAGUUGAAGCGUUUUCAGUCAGCAUACACUGGAAAGACCCUCAGAAGCCAAAUGGCAUCAUCACCAAAUAUGUUGUCUGUUACAGUACAUUGUCAGGAAUUGAAUAUUGUAUAGAUGUGUAUGAAAGAAGUACAGUGGUGACAAAAAGAAUCUAUGGCAAUGAGAGAUAUGCCUUUACAGUGUCUGCUUGUAAUGAUAAUGAAGACCCCGAUCUUUGCAGUCCUUUUUCCGACCCUCUACUGGUCACAACAUUGGUUGGAAUUCCAGAACCAGUGGUUGCUUUUGAAGUUGAUCUCAUCGCCACCGAUAAAGUGGAACUGUCCUGGAAGGAACCAGCUCAUCCAAACGGUGUCAUUACACACUACAUCGUGAGUUAUAGACCAGAGAAUGUAACAGGUUCAAAGUGGACGAAGAGGACUGUGAAAGAUUUGAGUACGACGAUUCAGGUUGAUUGUAAGACAGGUGUAACAUUCUUUACGUACAUUGUUGCCGCUGUUACAAAAAACGGAUCAAAAGAAUUAAUUGGGGCAACCACUCAAAAGCGAUAUGAAAUGUGCAGGAAAUUUCCUGUUCCCGUGGUCAUCAUGGCUGUGUUGAUCCCAGGUCUUGUUAUGAUGAUGGCUGUUGCAUGUUUCUACGUCAUUAAGGUGAAGAAAUUUGAAAUAUUCAAACCAUUCCCAGAGCCACGGUUUAUUGAGGACUUCAUUGUUAAGCCAUGGGGUCCUCCAUUAAAACCAGAAAAAGAACAUUUUGAUAAGUUGAAGACAUUCAAUAACCAGUACACUGCACCACUAAAUAGAAUGCAGGAAAACAGUGUACCAAAAACUAGCAUCAGAAUGGACUCUGAUCAGGGCUUUGAUGAGACCGAAGUGAUGGAGAUGACUGGAAUUCACGACAAAAUUGCAAAAGCCAUUGUGCUUUCUCCCUCCUCAAGUCUUGGCAUUGGACGAUCGAUUCUAAGCCAUGACAAUCACCCAGACAGUGUAAUAGAAGACUUUGAAGGAGAUUAUGCUGUUUUUGAUCUACCUGUUCAGACUUGUUUUGACAAUGAAUAUUACCCUGUUGUAAAUAAUCAGCAUGUUCACAGAAAUUCUGAUGUUAAAACAGAUUCUGCUCUUGCAUUGAUUCAAUAUGGCAACAGUUAUGCCAUUGAAGAAACAAGUGGACCAGAAAGAGAUAAUAUUUUGCUUAAAAGACAAGACUCAGUGGAAAGUCAGUAUAUUGUGGAAUAUCAUACAAUGAGUAAUGAUGGCUUAAUUCCAAUUGACUCAAGCAAGGAUGACAUUAAUAAUUCAUCUCAAAAACCUGAUGAACUAAGCCAAACAAAUGACUACCACUCUAUUGGUACAAAAGACUUUUUAUUACCUACUUUAAAUACGCCAUUGGUUGAUAGUUGUAGCACGACUCAAGAUUGUCCAGCUUCACCAGACAGCUUUGAAUAUGGUCUUUUAGGCAACAACCCAACCUCGCCACUCAGCUCUGUAUCAAGGGACAUACCAUGUGAUACAUCGGGCUGUGCAGACCAUAGCUACAAUGUUCAACAAGCCUUGGUACUUGUUAAUCCCUCAAAGCAACAACACAAUAUUAACAAAGAAAAUGUUCAAUCUUCAAAGGCGAACAACCUCAGAAAUGAACCAAAUGUUUCAGGUGAUUAUGUUUGUAGUCCCACAUCAUGGAUAGACCAUGACAAUGUUGACCUAUACACAGUUGGCUCAUCUCCACCACAAUCAUGUAACAGCAUGCCAUAUUCACAACUGUCAGUAAGGCCAAAUGAGCUUAAAGAAGGCAACCUGAGUGAUGGUGUGAGAAAAUGUAAUUCCUCAAAGAUACCAGAGUGUUUUGGCUCAUUAAAACCAUCUGUCAAAACUCCAAAUGAUGAAGAUGAACCAGUAAUUAAUGUGUCAGAUUCUGGCAACAACAGCCUUGGUCUUGGAGUCAUUCCAGUUAAGACUCCAGAUUUUAAAACAGAGAAUGGCAAAAUUGUGAGUCUACCAACAAGCUUAGCUGGCAACACUGUGAUGCAGAGACCUCAGACCCAACUGGAUAUUGAACCACUUAUAAUAGAUGAUAUGUUUGCCCCAACUUGUAAACUUUAAAACAACCAAUGGUGUCUGAUAUGUAUAUUAGCUUUGUUCCUGUAGCAAAUCAGAAAUGACCUCCACUUACUUCUUGGUAACAUGAGAUCGGAUAGUUUGUAAAAUUUUGAAGAAAACAAUUUUGACAGUCAUUUUGAAGAAUUUCUUCAAAUACUGUAUAUAGAUCUACUUAUUUUCUUGGAUUUCAUAAGAUAUAUUUAUUUAAACCAAUUUCUGAUAGAUUCCAUUCCUAGUGAAUUGUCAAGUAUGGUAUUGAAACUAUUACAAAUGUUAGUAAGAUGUAUGCACAGGUAAAUUUAAACCAAUAAUACCAGCACUUCAACAGAAUCUUGUAGGAGGAAAGCCAAGAAUGUCACUAUGUGGUACCACUUUAUAAGACCAUCACACCAACCUAUGUAAAAAUCUACAUACUUUAGAUGUAUCUUUAAUUUGAAUACCACAGUAUAGUAUGUAUAAGCAUAGAGCUAUAAAUAUGAAGCUCUCCUUUGGUUUUUUUUUGUAAUUGAGUUUAAGUCAACAAUACCUUUACAUUACAGUAUGUACAUUGCUAAUUUUGUGUCAGAAUAUUUGUAGAUACAGUAAUAUUUUAACAAUGCCGUAAAAUGUAAGUACCACUAGGCUGGUCAUACUAAAUAUAUUAAAUUUAAAUCUUAAUUUUUUA